AUGGCGAGGCGCGCGAGCCCCGUGCGGCCGAGAGGCGCGGCCGUGGCGAGGCGAGCCCCGCGCGGCCAGGACCUCCGCCCUCCGCCUCCCUCCCGCUUCCCCGUUCUCCCGCGCAGGCGGCCCAAGGUGCGGCGCGGCCCGGCCCUCGCAGAGGCGGCCCGAGGUGCGGCGCGGCCUCGGCCCUCGCCGGCGCCCGCGGGGGCGUGGAACGCGCGCGGCGGCGUGGGUCGCGACGCGGUCGGCGUGCAGGAGCUCGGUCUCCGCCUUGCCCCCGGCGCGCACGGCCAGCUCCGGCCCCGCCCGCGCGCGCACGGCCAGCCUCCGGCCCCGCCUGCGGCCUCCCUCGCCCGUGCCCGCGCGGCGUGCCUUGCCCGUCCCCGCGCGUGGCCGACGCGGCCGGCGGCGCCACCGCCCGUCCCCGCGCGUGGCCGACGCUGCCGGUGCCUCCUCGCCCGUGUCCGCGCGGGCGCGCUCGCCCGUGCCCGCGCGUGGCCGACGCGGCCGGCGGCGCCCCGCUCGUCCCCGUCCGUGCCCGCGCUCCGUCGCGGCGAGCUCCGCCCACGGCGGCGUGGCUCGCGCGGUCGCCGUCCGUUCCCGCGCCCGUGCUCGCGGCGAGCUCCGCCCACGCUCAUGGCUCGCGCGGCCGGCGCCCGUGCCCGCGCCAUCGACGAGUUUGUUACUGGCAGUAUAAUGCAGAUCAACCAUGGCUUCAGAUUGCAGCAUGCAAUUCAAACACAUAGAUAA